AUGCAUACGCGUACUAUUACUAGCAGUCCUCGUACAGGUAGCGGGACCGGUAGUAGAGACGACGAAGACACUAGUGGCAGCAGCAGAAGCAGUGAAUUGGAGGAUGAUGACAGUUGCCAAGGAGCCAAUCAGUCCUCGCCGCUGCAAGAAACAGCCUUAGAUAUCGAGAACGUGGAACGAGGCGUAUGCUCUGGCGUGGAAGUAACCGUGGAAACACAGGAAACCGACCUCAACCUGAAGGGUUCUUGUACUACAGCUAUAGAAGAUGAAAGUCAAACCAUCACCAAGAACUUUGGCUCAGGCGAAAGCAAGUCCCCUAUGGAUACUACUGGCACUACUUCGCGUACCGGUAGUUACGCGGAUCAGUUACAUCGGCAACAGCUAGAGAUGCUCGGUGAUAGCAAGAAUCACAAAAACACAAACCAACAAGACCAGCUAAACGAUUCCUCGUCUCAAAUACCAACACAGCAGCCGCAACCAUCUCAAGAGCAUCCUCCCUGUCCACAACCACCGGAACAAUCGGACCCCUCGGAUUCGUCGGAUCAUCAGUCGUACUCGUCGUCCGCCACUGCGAUUCGGCAGCUGCUUAUGGAAGCCAUUCAAGAACAAAUUCAACCAAUCCCCUAUUACUCCUCUCAGUCACAUAUCGACACCCCAGGAGCGUACGGGUCGGAACAGAGUUUCUAUGCGGGGAGAUCCGUUUUCCAUCGAAGAAUACCCCCUUCGUCGGAUUCGGUCGGGCUCAUGAGCAGGGCCGACGACGCAACCAUCAGCACCAUCCAUACUAAUUUUACUACGGCUGGGAACAGUACUGUCGUCGUCACUGCAGCCAAUGAGGCGCAACUCGUCGAAGCGCGAGCAGUCACAGAAAACCAACUAAUGGGGGACUCGUCGCCAUCAUUGGGAUUUGCCCAACCAGUCGAUCCGCAAGGAAACAAAAACACACGACGAAGAGCAAGAAACAAUCGACAGGAAUCCAUCGUUAUGUUAUUAUGGAUUGCAGUGGGGGCUGUCGUUUUGGCGGGGUUGGUUCUUUUGGUACUUUGGUGGAGUGGUUUCUUUGAGCAACACGGGGAUGAGAACAAGGGCAACGCGAAUGACGACAAGUCCGUUCCGACGGAGGACUUGGGUUUCAACAUGAGCGGCGUUGCCGACAACUACUUGCUGUCGCCCGAAGAGUAUCUGGUUCGGUUGCUCCCCAAUGACACGCUUGCCAGGAUUUUUGCUGAAAUGGGUCAAAAACACGAUGUGUCUAUUCGUGGGGAAAACACGACGGAAACACCAACUGCAGCAACCACGACGCCACAACUGCUGGCAUUUCAGUGGUUGAUAGAUGAUCCUGCACUCAAACGAUAUUCUCGGAUGCAAUUACAGCAACGUUUCGCUCUGGCGUGUUUCUAUUAUGCAACAUCCGAAAAUGGGGCGCAGCCAUGGACGCAGGAAACACACUGGAUGUCGUACUCGCAUCACGAGUGUGAGUGGCACUUGAACCCACGGAGAGAUGUACUCCAAGGAGAAUUCGGCGAAGAAUCAGCAUGUGACAAUUACACAGUUUCGCCAGCAGCCACCGAAAAUGAUACCGUUGCUCUCAAUGCCGAGAACCAUUACUAUCCCUAUGUUCGUUUGUGGUUGCGGUCCAACAAUCUUCAGGGAAAGAUUCCAGAGGAACUCUACUGGUUGACUCACCUAAAAAGUCUAGAUUUGAGCAUCAAUCGGGGUUUGGCAGGGACGCUGUCAGCCAACUUUGCCAAGCUGUCUGAACUCCGAGAACUAUCGUUUCGAGUAAACCCAUUCACGGGAGUAGUUCCAAGCGAACUAGGGGCACUGACGCAACUAUCAGUCUUGUACCUUUCAAAAACCGAGUUGGAAGGAACCAUACCGAAGAAAAUCUUCACACAGCUGACCCAUCUACAACAGUUGCAGCUUUCCAAUGGUCCCUUUAUUGGGACGCUUGCCACAGAGCUGGGACUCCUCACAAACCUCAAAGCUUUGAGCAUGGCUAUGACGCGGAUAUCUGGAACUCUCCCCAGCGAAAUUGGAUCACUCCAGUUACUCCAGUACACCUACUUGUUUCAAAAUCUCUUGACAGGGACACUUCCAGCAGUAGUCCUGGGGACCAUGUCCAAUCUGGCUUGGCUUCACUUACAUGACAACCAACUGUCAGGGAAGUUACCUUCAGAGCUGGGGCUGUUGACUAAUCUCCAAGAACUGAAACUCAACAACAACAUGCUGACAGGUACAAUUCCACCCAACAUUGGCAACAUGACAAGGCUCUAUGAAUUGUAUUUGGGAAACAAUCAAAUCACAGGCUCACUCCCUUUGUCACUCUUCAACUUGACAUCCCUGAAAGAACUGAGUGCGGAGGGAAACCUGAUCACUGGAUCGAUCCCUGGUGAGGUUGCCAAUAUGGAAAAUUUGGAAGUUUUUGUCUUGUCUGACAAUCAGUUCAAUGGCAGUAUCCCAUGGCACAUGGGACAGUCAAUGAAGGCCAUUAUAGAGUUUCGCUGGGACCAAAACUUGCUUUUUGGCACUAUACCUUUGGAAUUGGGUCUGUGGAAUGGUACCUUGUCUGUUUGGGAUGUUUCUAACAAUCUACUGACAGGAAUAUUGCCUCCUGAGCUGUCUUCAUGGUGGACUCCAGGGGUGGAUCAGAGUCCUCUUUCAUUCUUUAAUAUCUCUGGCAAUGAUGGUAUUUUUGGAACUAUUCCAAAGGGUCUGUGUGGUACACUUGACAACACUUCACUGGGCUUUGAUUGCAACGAUAACAUGUGCGGGUGUGACUGUUCCUGCUCCAUCAAUGAUACUGGCAGCAACAGCACAAGCUGGGUUUGA